UGUGAACACAGACAAGCGCGAGACUUCACCACUGCUGGCUUUGUAAAGUUUCUCUGACUCUGACAUCUCUUUGUCGGGUUUGUAGACACUCCGGUUCCCUCCCUCCCCUCGAUCCCCUGUGGAUUUAAUCGUAUUGCAGGAAGUCCCUCACAUCCUCUCCUCCUGCGCUGUGUGUGCGCGUGUGUAUUUGAGUGAGUGAGUGAGUGUGUGUGUUUUCUGUCGGUAUAUUAUGAAGAUUUGAUCAUAAGGAGCCGGGCAUCAUGAGGAUCCACCGGCUCAUGGAGAGCUGGUGCCUCAUGAACCGACUGCGCGCUUUUGUGCUGCUGAUAGCGGGACUGACAGCUGACAUCUCCACUCAUCACUCACCCGACGAGAGGCAAAUAAGAAGUGUACUCGACAAACUGGAACACUACCACACCAUGGUACCACUACUGCUGGAAGGAACAGAGCAGCGACCAAUCAGCUGGCUCCGCUCCAGGACGCCUCCCGCUUCGCUGCACAUCCUGAUCCAAACAGAAGGACAACAGCUGAUUUUAUCUGUGGAAAAGAACCAUGGACUGUUUGCCAGCCAUUACACUGAGACACAUUACAGGGAAGAUGGACAAACUGUUACAAGCACUCACAACUCUACGAUGAAUUGCUAUUACCAUGGUGCAGUACAAGGAUACGUCCACUCUGAAGUCACUCUCAGUACGUGCUCUGGUAUCAGAGGGUUCAUCUUACUUGAAAAUAAAACACUGAUGGUGGAGCCAGCUUUUGAGCCAGCAAACGACACCCAUGUGAUUUAUGAUGGACAUCAUCUGCACUUCCCCUCCGGAACCUGUGGACACGGACACAACAUAUCGACUGUCAGCCACACGACCACAAGCGGACUGCCACAAUCAUUCAGAACGAGGCAUAAACGGGAUGUUCAGAAGACCACCAAAUAUGUGGAGCUCAUCAUUGUUGCAGACAACAGAGAGUUCCAAAAACAAGGAAAAGAUGUGGAAAAGGUUAAGCAAAGGCUAGCGGAGAUCGCCAAUUACGUGGACAAGUUUUACAGAGUUCUGAACAUCCGUGUAGCUCUGGUAGGAUUGGAGGUGUGGAGUGAUGUUGAUAAGUGUUCAGUAACCCAAGACCCCUUCACAACCCUGCACGAGUUUUUGGACUGGAGAAAACUUAAGCUGCUACCUCAGCGGCCUCAUGAUAAUGCUCAGCUCAUAAGCGGGGUGUACUUCCAGGGCACCACAAUAGGGAUGGCUCCCAUCAUGAGUAUGUGCACCGCUGAGCAGUCAGGAGGCAUUGUCAUGGACCACUCGGACAAUGCUCUAGGAGCUGCUGUGACUCUGGCCCAUGAGUUGGGCCAUAACUUCGGAAUGAACCAUGACACCCCAGAGCGAGGCUGUGGCUGUAGGAUGACCGUAGACCGUGGCGGAUGCAUCAUGACCCCCUCUACAGGGUACCCGUUCCCCACAGUGUUCAGUACGUGCAGUAAGAAGGAUCUGGUGGCCAGUCUGGAGAAGGGGGUCGGCAUGUGUUUGUAUAACAUGCCUGAGGUCAAAAUGCUCUACGGGGGACAGAAAUGUGGCAACGGAUACAUUGAGGAAGGAGAGGAGUGUGACUGUGGAGAGCCAGAGGAGUGUCUGAACCCCUGUUGUAAUGCGACAACCUGCACCCUCAAGGGAGAUGCUGUUUGUGCACAUGGACAGUGCUGUGAAAACUGUCAGUUAAAACCAGCUGGGACUCCAUGCAGAGAGUCCAGUAACUCCUGUGAUUUACCCGAGUUCUGCACCGGCACAAACCCUCACUGUCCUGCUAAUGUGUACCUGCACGAUGGCCAUGCCUGCCACAAUAUGGAUGGUUACUGCUACAACGGCAUCUGCCAGACUCACGAGCAGCAGUGCAUCACACUGUGGGGACCAGGAGCAAAACCUGCCCCGGGGAUCUGUUUUGAAAGAGUAAACUCUGCAGGUGAUCCCUAUGGAAAUUGUGGAAAAGACUCUAAAGGGUCCUUCGCAAAAUGUGAAGCAAGAGAUGCCAGGUGUGGUAAGAUUCAGUGCCAAGGAGGUGCUAACCGGCCAGUGAUCGGAACCAAUGCAGUUUCAAUCGAGACGAAUAUACCUCUGCAGGAAGGAGGACGUCUUUUGUGCAGAGGAACACACGUGUACCUGGGAGAUGACAUGCCUGAUCCUGGACUGGUGCUUGCUGGAACUAAGUGUGCUGAGGGAAAGAUGUGUCUGAACCGACAGUGUCAGAAUGUCAGUGUGUUUGGGGUGCACAAGUGCUCUGCCAAGUGCAAUGGAAGAGGGGAAUGCAACAAUAAGAAGAACUGCCACUGUGAGGCUCACUGGGCGCCUCCUUUCUGUGACAGGGCGGGGUUUGGCGGCAGCGUUGACAGUGGGCCAAUGAGACAAGCCGCGGACAGCAGUGCCGUGGCCGUAGGUUCGCUGGUCACCCUGCUCUGCCUGCUGUCGGCCGGACUGAUGGUGUGUCUGAAGAGGAAAGCGCUGGUUCAGUUGCUCUGCGCUAAUAAGAAGAACGCCAUUCAAAAGCUCAGAUCAGUUGGACGAAAGCAAACAACCAGCCCUCCUCAGACACAGUCAGUCUUCAGGGUCUCACCUCAGCACAAGCCCCCCUCAUUACCAUUACAGUCCCGUGCAGACAAGAUGUCUCAUCCUAGUUCGGAGCCUCUUCUUCCUGCGCACAGUUUCCAGAGUUUGCGUCGUCUGCCUGAAUGUCCGAGCCGCUGCCAGCCUGUCCACAUCAGCCACCCGAUGCCCAUCACGCUGCAGCCUCACCGGACACUGAGAACGACAGGCGUCCACACGCUGCCACGCCACAUUGCAUACACACACACACAGGAUCAUGCCAUGCCCAGUCCACCUCAGAAACCCCUUCCUGCAGACCCCUUAAUCAGAAGCCACGGGAUGGGGCGUAAUGUAAGGAUACCUGCACCUCUGGCCAUCCCGAUUCCAACAGUACCACGACCCCCUCCCUCCAUACCACUGCCCAACAGACCUCUUCCCAGAUUACCACAGCCUUUUUAUGAUCACUGACAUAUGGACACCAGAGCACUGGGUGAAUUUCACCAGCAUCUGAACACACUCGUUUUGCACUAUGAAACUCUGUUGGACGAUGUGACCUCCCUGCAGAGAAGAGGCUGAUCGGACACCUUGGUGCUGCGCCUCCUCAAAAAAAAUGAAAGGUGUUCGUCUGUCCUCGCUCAGGUACUGCACAACUAUUUAAGAUGUAUAUUUAUUGUGAGGAGGAAACAAUGUGCUGUGCUUGACACGUUUUUCUUACUGUAUGAACAUUGUGACUUUUUAUUACAAUUAUUCUGAUGGUUUUUACACUUAAAAA